AUGCCUUGGAAAGCGGCCAUUGCUGAGCUGUCUGAAGCUGUUAGAAGCCACGUGGAAAGCAUCACGAAUAAUUUGACAGAAAGUUUUGCGACCAAGAACAAUGUCGUACAUACGAAGGACCUUCGCAUUGAUGUCCAUGGAGACCCGAAACAUCCGACCAAGGCUGUGGCUAGGAUCCAAGAAAAUGCGCAGGCCAAGGACCAUGCGGUCAAGGACUUUAUAAGAACAGGGAAUAAAGGAGAUGGCCAUAAGGGAACGCACAAAAUCAUCGCCGAAAUCCCUUUUGAUCGUGAAAAUUUUGAUGUCGACGAUUUUAUUUCUAAAAUUGAAAACGCCCGCAAGUAG